ACAGCGCGCAUGCCGCGCGCCUCGCGUCGCCUGGACCACAAUACUAGUGCAUGACCGCGAACUUUGAUUUUACUGUGUACAAACUGUUUUAGUGACCAAAAUGCCGAAGAAUAUAUUAGGGGAAAUGGGCUCCCAAGUGGGCCUUACUCCGGCGCGGCAGAAUAAAAAGGAAGCAGAAGAAUGGGCGCGGCGGUCGAGCGGCCCCAUGGUCAACCCGUCCUUCGAACCGGACGACUUCCUUCCACAAAGCCUAUCACCGGUGAAGGAUGACAAGAAGCGGGGGCACGACAAAGGCAUCUUCCUGGUCAACAUGAAGGAGAAGAACAUGCAAGACGUGGAGGAGUACGAGCCCUACGACAACAGAGUGGUCGACCACCCUACCACGAACACGGAAACACUCCUCCACCUACUAAAAGGUAGUUUGGGCACGGGCAUCCUGGCCAUGCCGCGCGCGUUCGCCAACUCCGGCUACGUGGUGGGGUCCAUCGGCACGGUGGUGAUCGGCGUGCUGUGCACCUACUGCAUCCACGUGCUCAUCGACUCCUGCUACGUGCUGUGCAAGCGGCGCAAGCAGCCCUCCCUCACCUACACCGCGGCCGCGGAGGCCGCGCUCUCGGAGGGGCCCGACUGGUGCAAAGCGUGCGCGCCGUAUGCUGCGCAUGUGGUAAACGCGUUCUUGCUGGUGUACCAAAUAGGGACGUGCUGCGUGUACGUCGUGUUCGUGGCGGAAAACAUCGAGUUCGUGUUACACUACUACGUGGGCCUAAAAGUGACGGUGUUCCAAGUCAUGUGCGGCUUCCUUGUUCCGCUCAUUCUCAUCAACUACGUGCGGGAUCUAAAAUACUUGGCGCCUUUCUCGGCGAUAGCCAACGUGAUAACGAUAGUGAGCUUCGGGAUCAUCCUGUACUACAUCUUCAGAGAGACGCCGACGCUGGAGGGCAAGGCGCCCGUCGGGAAGCUUGCCAACUUCCCCCUGUUCUUUGGCACCGUGUUAUUUGCGCUGGAAGCAAUUGGUGUGAUUUUACCCCUGGAGAAUGAGAUGAAGACGCCAAAGGAUUUCGUGGGGAAGUUCGGAGUGCUGAACAGGGCAAUGAUCAGCAUCGUCCUGCUAUACGUGGGCAUGGGCCUGUUCGGAUACCUGCAGUACGGCGAGGGCGCCAAGGGCAGCAUCACGCUCAACCUGCCCGGCGACAAGGAAACGCUGGCGUGCACGGUGCAGUGCCUGCUGGCAGUGGCGAUCUUCAUCACGCACGGGCUGGCCUGCUACGUGGCCAUCGACAUCCUGUGGAACGAGUACAUCGGCGUGCGCCUCUCCAACAGCAAGAUUAGAGUCGUCUGGGAAUACCUGCUCAGAACUGUCAUAGUCCUUCUCACAUUCGGCAUCGCGGCGAUGGUGCCGGAGCUGGAAGCGUUCAUCUCGCUGUUCGGCGCGCUGUGCCUGUCGGCGCUGGGGCUGGCCUUCCCCGCCAUCAUCCAGACGUGCACCUACUGGUACUACGUGUCGCGGUCGGAGCGCAUCCGCAUGCUGGUCAAGAACGCCAUCGUGGUGCUGUUCGGCGUGCUGGGGCUCAUCGUGGGCACGUGGACGUCGCUCGAGCGCAUCGUCGAGAAGUUCGGCUCGCCCUCCGCCGACCUCAGCCCGACGCCCGCCAACCUCACAGCCGCGCUCGCGCCCUUCAACGCCACCACACUCCCGGAGUAGAAUUUUCUCUUCACGUGUAGUUUUAAUGACAGUGCCAUUAUGCUAGUAACCGUCCGUGGCAUAAAUUGUAAAUUUAAAGUACAAUUGUUGCAGCGUUUUAAACGUAGGUACCAUUAAGUUAUUAAGAGUUAGGUAAUUAUUGUCAUUUUUUAUUUUUUUAUUGUAAGUAUUUUUAUAGAAUUCUCUGCCGCAACCGUUUGACAGUAUUCCCAGAGGUAUCCUAGAUUGUGACAAAAGUAGUGGUGUAAAAUGUAACUCGAGACAACUGUGCCGCGCCACUAUAAGGGGACGCGAGUAAAUUAAACUAUUGUAUAGUGUAGAUAGUAGACGCUACGGUUGUUACAAUAAAAAAUAAUUAAGUAUAGUUUACUAGAGACGCUUACAAUCCUAUGACAGUGAGAAUCUUUUAAAGUGAAGCAUGGCAUUUCGAUAGUUUAAGGUUACAUAUUAAGUACUUUAGUACAAAAUAAAAAGUGAUGGCGAAUAAAUUAUAAAAUGUUUGUUGAUGAAUGUCCAAUGGUUGUGAUCGCUGGUCGAGUCGGCGCCGGCGCACGACCGGGCAAACGCACACCGUCGUUGGCCUCGCAACUAGUUACUCAAGGUACUCGAAGCUGCUGUGACCGGAGCUGCGUAGCGUACGUUGCCACUCUUCUAAUUAUUACAUUUACAUGAAAAAUACAAUUUUAAUUAUGAAUUUGUAAUUUUAAUUAUGAAUGUCGAAAAUCGUCUUAGUCGUCAUGUUUCGGUCACAAAUUAUAAUAUUGAAAUCUGUGAUGUGAUAGUUAUAAAAUAUUUAUAGGAUUUAUUUUUGGUUGACUAUUUUAUUGAUAUUGUAUAUGGGACGUGUCUCACACGUCAGUGAUACUGUGCUCAGAGCGACGUUGUAUGGUCAAUAAAUAAACUAUUAUUAUCUUAUUUACAAAUUAA